CUGUCUGGAAAAAGCCUGGACCCCCUCCUGGCUGCAUAUCGCAGCCACGGGAAAACUCACAUCCUUUGCCCGGAUGUUCAUCAAGCUGAAUGAGUUUCUGAAGCACUUCAGUGGAGAAGGAUGUGUGUUACUGACCUCGGUGCGAGCCCUGCUGUUCGACAUAUCCUUCCUCAUGCAGUGUCACGGGUUGCAGACCUACGGAUCAGAGGAGCUGCUGAAGGAGACUCACCAGGAGUGGGCCAACCGGGUGGUGCAGCUGCUUUACAGCAUUUUCUGCCUAGACACCCAGCAAAUCACCUUCACCCCGCUGGGCCACACCCUGCUCACAGACUCGGCCUACUGGCACAGCCUGGCAGACCCGCCCAGCAAGGCCCUGGCCAAGUGACCGCUCCAUGUCCACCUCCCUAUCGGCCUCCCAGCUCCACACGGUCAACAUGAGGGACCCUCUCAACCACGUCCUAGCCAACCUGUUCCUGCUGAUCUCAUCCAUCCUGGGCUCCAAGAAAGCGGGGCCACACACCCAGUUUGUGCAGAGCUUCAUGAAGGAGUGUGUGGAGUGCCUGGAACAGGGCAGCUGCGGGAGCAUCUUGCAGUUCAAGCCUUUCACCAUGGUGAGAGGGGAGUUGACCGUGGGGGAGAUGAACUGUGGUAGUCUAGGGGAAGGAGAGUAGUUAUGUAGUGAUAUCAGUUGAUUGUUAGUUCUACGCAACUUAGGUAAGAAAUGUGACCUCGACAUGGGAUUUUUACUCAACACAUUCUGGGGAGACAUAUUCCUGCAAUGAUGAGUUUUUUUUUUGUUUUUGUUUUUUGAUAAUGAUAAUUUUACCAUUUCUACCUUCUAUGUUUAAAAAAAAUCUUAGUACAUCUGGCCCCAAGUCUCCAGCUGACCUCAUUCUUGCAUCCACACUUUUAUAAUGAUGCUUUUAACGUAUGAUUUUUUUAAAAUUACUUCUCAUUCCUCUUGUUUCUUUGUUCAUACUUUUAUUGAAUUGUAUUAUUUUAUGAUUUGAAGAGCUACAGUGGAAGUUGGAAGUUUACAUAAACCUAAGCCAAAUCAAUUUAAACUCGGUUUUUCACAAUUCCUGACAUUUAAUCCUAGUAAUAAUUCCCUGUUUUAUGUCAGUUAGGAUCACCACAAGAAUGUGAAAUGUCAGAAUAAUAGUAGAGAGAAUGAUUUAUUUCAGCUUUUACUUCUUGCAUCACAUGCCCAAUGGGUCAGAAGUUUACAUACACUCAAUUAGUAUUUGGUAGCAUUGCCUUUAAAUUGUUUAACUUGGGUCAAACGUUUUGGGUAGCCUUCCACAAGCUUCCCACAAUAAGUUGGGUGAAUUUUGGCCCAUUCCUCCUGACAGAGCUGGUGUAACUGAGUCAGGUGUGUAGGACUCCUUGCUCGCACACGCUUUUUCAGUUCUUCCCACAAAUGUUCUUUUGGAUUGAGGUCACGGCUUUGUGAUGGCCACUCCAAUACCUUGACUGUGUUGUCCUUAGGCCAUUUUGCCACAACUUUGGAAGUAUGCUUGGGGUCAUUGUCCAUUUGGAAGACCCAUUUGCGACCAAACUUUCAUUUCCUGACUGAUGUUACUUCAAUAUAUCCACAUCAUUUUCUUGUCCUCAUGAUACCAUCUAUAUUGUGAAGUGCACCAGUCCCUCCUGCAGCAAAGCACCCCCACAACGUGAUGCUGCCACCCCCAUGCUUCACGGUUGGGAUGGUGUUCUUCGGCUUGCAAGCCUCCCCCUUUAUCCUCCAAAUAUAAUGAUGGUCAUUAUGGCCAAGCAGUUUUAUUUUUGUUUCAUCAGACCAGAGGACAUUUCUCCAAAAAGUACGAUAUUUGUCCCCAUGUGCAGUUGCAAACUGUAGUCUGGCUUUUUUAUGGUGGUUUUUGGAGCAGUGCCUUCUUCCUUGCUAAACGGCCUUUUAGGUUAUGUCGCUAUAGGACUAAUUUUACUGUGGAUAUAGAAUCUUUUGUACCUGCUUCCUCCAGCAUCUUCACCAGGUCCUUUGCUGCUGUUCUGGGAUUGAUUUGCACUUUUCACACCAAAGUACGUUCAUCUCUAGGAGACAGAACACGUCUCCUUCCUGAGCGGUAUGACUGCUGUGUGGUCCCAUGGUGUUUAUACUUGCGUGCUAUUGUUUGUACAAAUGAACGUGGUACCUUCAGGCGUUUGGAAAUUGCUCCCAAGGAUGAACCAGACUUGUGGAGGUCUACAAUUGUUUUUCUGAGAUCUUGGCUGAUUUCUUUUGAUUUUCCCAUGAUGUCAUCAAAGAGGCACUGAGUUUGAUGGUAGGCCUUGAAAUACAUCCACAGACACACCUCCAAUUGACUCAAAUUAUGUCAGUUAGCCUUUCAGAAGCUUCUAAAGCCACUACAUCAUUUGCUUUCUGUUUAAAGGCACAGUCAACUUAGUGUAUUUAGACCCACUGGAAUUGUGAUACAGUGAAUUAGAAGUGAAAUCUGUCUGUAAACCAUUGUUUGAAAAAUUUCAUGUCAUGCACAAAGUUGAUGUCCUAACCGACUUGCCAAAACUAUAGUUUGUUAACAAGAAAUUUGUGGAAUGGUUGAAAAACGACAUGUAAACUUCCAACUUCAGCUGUAUAUAAAUAGUUAGAAUCUGGAGAAUGCCACGUAAGAAGUGUGUUGUCUGUCUGUCUGUCUGUCUGUCGGUCGUUGGCAUCACUGACCUGACUCUGCCCCUGGGGAGGAGCGUAGCAGCAAAGGCCAGCUUAGUCUUAUGGUACCCUGAUGGUUCCCAGGGCUCAGCUCACCCACCUCUGCCUUCUCCAUGGAUUCUAUUUCCCCAGUCACUCAGGGGCAAAACCAGCUUCACACAUAAAUAAAGAUUUUACUUAGUCAUGCAUUAGUGUCAAUGUGAGACUAAGAGAAGAUCUGACAAAGUGGAAGUUAGGAUUCACACUUCAAAGCUUGGGACUCCACUUAGAUGGUGUUUCAUCACUUUGGCAUAGAAAUGCCAGUUUCACGAUACUCCAAAGUUGGUUAACAACUGUUAUGUAAUCCUGAUUGCUUCAUCAUUCAUUAAAAUGUAGGUUGACUUUCA